GGUAAUUCAAGGCUUCGGAGGUGAAGAAUUAUCACCGUGUUCUAUAUAUUCUCGGCUGCAGGCGCUUGAAGAAUGGCUCGGUUAUUACAGGAAACGCUGUUUCUUGUGCUGGCUGUAACCAUCAAAGACACGUUCUCACAAAGGAUCAUUGGAGGUCAAGAGGUCGUGCCUUACUCCAUCAAGUACCAGGCAUCUCUUCAGUAUGACCGAAAACAUUACUGAGGCGCUACGCUCAUUCAGCCACAAUGGGUGAUAUCUGCUGCUCACUGCUGGCGACCAGCCAGUGUGAUUCAGGUCGUGUUGAGCGAGCACAGUCUUUCUAUGGAAGAGGGAUUUGAGCAAGUAUUAAACGUGUCCAGAAUCUACAGUCAUUUUGCCUACAACCCAAGAACCUUUGCCAAUGAUAUAUUGCUCAUUAAGCUCUGUGUUCCAGCACAGAUUAACGCUAACGUUCAGCCUGCUCCACUACCAACAAUAGACACAUCUGAGCUGACCGGAGGAACCAGCUGUACUGUGAGCGGAUGGGGAGUGACACGAAUCUAUAGCUUCUAUCUGUCGCCUGUCCUGCGGGCCGUGGACGUGGAGAUCAUCCCCAACUGCCAGUACUACUAUUAUUAUAGAGUCAAUGAUAAUAUGAUCUGCGCUGGCUCUCGCUUCGGCGGAAAAGACUCCUGUCAGGGCGAUUCAGGUGGCCCACUCAUUUGUGAUGGAACUUUAGAAGGCAUUGUGUCGUGGGGAAUUAGCUGUGCCCAUCCAUACUACCCCGGUGUCUACACGAAAGUGAGAAACUACAACCGCUGGAUCGACUGGAUCAUCAGCGCUGACACCUAAAAUACACAUUUGCCAGAAUGUGAGGAAUGUUUCCAUUAAAUCUGAAUGAAGGUUGUCUUUCAAAAAGUCUGAUCCUGUCUGAAAUAGUAUCUCUCUAAAUGAUAAGCAUAUAAGUAAAUAAGCAUUUGUGAAAGACUAAUAAACUUUUUUGUUUGUUUUUUACUUGUUUGGCCCCAUUUUUAUGAAAUCCCUGCUGCCUCCUCUCUCUCUCUCCUUUUGCCUUAAAUUGCCAAUAAAAUAUAACUUUACAUUGUAGUUUUCAAGAGCAAAAAAAUCUAUUGGAAAAAAACUAUAAACAAAGCCACACUGGGUACUAACAUAAAUGCCUACAUUUAGAUAGAAAUAAAUUUAAUAUAUGUUCAUUUAUUGAAAUGCUGAUUCAUCAUAACAGACAAUACGAAAAGCUAAAUGCUAAACAAAAUGUUAAAUGCUCGCUCUCAUUUGUAAGUUGCUUUAAAAUAAACUAUUUGUUUAAUGAAUAAAUGUAAAUAUU